AUGAAGCUCACCGUGUCCAAGACGCUUGCCCUCCUCUCCGCCACGGCCGCCACGGCCACAGCCCUCGCGGAGGUCUCCAUCGAUUUCUACCUGUUCAACACCACCUGCUCCUUGGACACGCCCACCACCUACACCAUCCUGGAAAACUCCUGCUUCGGCAUCGAGGGGUGGCCCUGGGGCUCUCUCGCCCCCUACCUCGCCGAUGGGACCACCUGCAGCGAUGCCACCAAGACGCCCGUGCUGUACACCUGGACCGACUACAACGAGCAGGACUACGACAACUGCGGUACCACCCUCUACGCUACCUACGACGUCACCGAUGAGCAUACCUGCUACCCCGUGGACGCGGAGUAUUUGCAGCGGCUGCAGGUCAAGUGCGAGUAG